AUGCGCUGCCCUUACUGCUCGGCUGGGCAAGGCCGCUGCGCGACCACUUCCGCCGGCCGAACCAUAACCGAGUGCGCCUCCUGCGGCCGCGUUGUGGAGGAGCGGCAGACGCUGCCCCACCACCUCUUCCACCUUCGCGCACAGGAUUCCCCUCUCUGCCUCGUCACAUCCGACCUCCCCGCGGCUCCGACCGCGCCCCGGGACGACGAAGCGGAGGACCCCUUCGAGCCCACCGGUUUCAUUACCGCCUUCUCCACGUGGUCUCUCGAGCCGCACCCGGUCUUUGCCCACGCGUCGCUCUCCUUCGCGGGGCACCUGGCGGAGCUGGAGCGGGUUCUCGAGACUACGUCAUCGCAGGGAAGCGCCUCGGGGCCGUCGGUGGUGGUCGACAAUCUGAGGGCUUACCUGCAGAUAAUCGACGUGGCCUCCAUCCUCGGGCUCGAUUGUGAUAUCUCGGACCACGCGUUUCAGCUCUUUAGGGAUUGCUCCUCCGCCACGUGUUUGAGGAACCGCAGCGUGGAAGCGUUGGCAACGGCUGCUUUAGUUCAAGCCAUUCGAGAAGCUCAAGAACCCAGGACUCUUCAGGAAAUAUCGAUUGCUGCCAACCUACCACAAAAGGAGAUAGGGAAGUACAUCAAGAUCCUAGGAGAAGCACUACAACUGAGCCAACCCAUCAACAGCAACUCGAUCUCCGUCCACAUGCCCAGAUUCUGCACACUUCUCCAACUCAACAAAUCCGCUCAGGAGCUGGCAACCCACAUCGGGGAUGUGGUGAUCAACAAGUGCUUCUGCACACGGCGCAACCCAAUAAGCAUAUCGGCAGCGGCCAUCUACCUGGCGUGCCAGCUGGAGGACAAGCGCAAGACCCAGGCGGAGAUCUGCAAGGUGACGGGCCUUACUGAGGUCACCCUCCGUAAGGUCUACAAAGAGCUCCUCGAGAACUGGGACGACCUCCGCCCCUCCAACUACAGCCCCAUCAUCCCUCCCGAGAAGGCUUUCCACACAGCCACCAUCUCCUCCUCAGCUGCUACCGGACGAUCAUCGUCCAAAUGCGAUCCCCCGGCUGAGGCCAAAACGGCGCCGCCUUUCUGGAAGCCUCCGGGUUUUUCCGAGUGCUCGUCUCAGGAUAUGGAAAUGGAUGUGGAGUGCAAGAACAGGGUGGAUGUGAAUGCAAAUGCCGGAGGUGGGUCGGGUCCUGGGAGGCAGGUUCAGUUUCCUGCUCCGACGGCUCAUGGGGCAGGUAUGGUGCCGUGGCCAUUUAGGCCGCCGCCAAGAGGGGUGGAUAGAGGGCAUUUGGGACAGGAUUUGAAUGAGAAGAUGGGUUAG